AUGAAUUGCUCCUGGGAUACGGCUGUCUGGGGGGAUGCUCUGCCUCCGUGCACGCACCCUCCGUUUCGACGCCCCUCUCUCCUCCAGGGAACGCCCACGGAAGCCGACGACUUUGUCAUUUCACAGAAAACUGUCGCCCAGCAGUGCGUGGACCUGACGCCUGCGUACGCCGCCCACCUUCUCUCGGACGUAUCUUCCGAUACUUUUUCCGGCGCUUCCACGCCUCGCGUUCCUCCGGCUUCGGAGCUCGAGGAAAGGAAGCCUCCCAGACGUCUCUCGGGAGUCUCGCCGCCGUCGGCUCUGAAGAGGCGAGAGACGAAGGAGCCGCGGCGAGGGAGAGGGCCAGCGAAGACGCGAGAGGCGGGUGCGGAGGCAGCUGCAGAGAGCGACAAGGAAGAGAGACAAUUCAAACAAUUCAUCCGCCAGAGGUUCACGCAACUCAACCGGGUGUGGCCAGCUCCCCGAGCAGCUGUUUUCAUCAUUGGCCGAUGCUCCGAGAAACAGGGAAAAAGAGGAACAGAGCAAGAUCUUCCAGUUGUCAGCGGAGGCGACCUGGUAGCCGCGGCGGAGUUUCAUCAGCUUCAUUCGUUAUGCUUUCUCCAACGCAUGACGACGUCUCUGCAUGUGCGGCGGCCGGAAGCCGCGAAGCCGGCGACGACGCCUGUUCCGCCCCGCAAGCCGCAGAGCGCUUCGCCUGCUUCGAGAGUCUCUUUUGCACCCCCACCCGAAGCAAAGGUCAAGUCUUCUGCUUCCUCCCUUCAGGGAGUUUCUCCUGUGCAACUUCCUCCUUCACCUCCUGCGCCUUCACCUCCUGCGCCUUCACCUCCUGCGCCUUCACCUCCUGCGCCUUCACCUUCUCCUGCUUCUGCUCCUCCUGCGCCUUCUCCUCCUUCAGUUUCUCCUCCUGCGCCUUCUCCUCCUUCAGUUUCUCCUCCUGCGCCUUCUCCUCCUUCAGUUUCUCCUCCUGCGCCUCCUCCUCCUUCAGUUUCUCCUCCUGCGCCUUCUCCUCCUUCAGUUGCUCCUCCUGCGCCUCCUGCUCCUUCAGUUGCUCCUCCUUCGCUUUCUCCUCCCGCGCCUUCGCCUCCUUCUGUUUCUCCUCCUGCGCCUUCUGCUGCUCCGCCUCCUGUCGCGAAGGAGGCAGAGAAGAAGAAGGAAGAAGAGGUCAAGAAAGAAGAAACGAAAAAGGAGGGAGAGGUGAAGAAGGAGGAAGAGAAGAAGACAGAGGGAGAGGAGAAGAAGGAGGGAGAGGUGAAGAAGGAAGAAGAGAAGAAAGAGGGAGAGGAGAAGAAGGAGGGAGAGGUGAAGAAGGAAGAGGAGAAGAAGGAGGGAGAGGAGAAGAAGGAAGAAGAGAAGAAAGAGGGAGAGGAGAAGAAGGAAGAAGAGAAGAAAGAGGGAGAGGAGAAGAAGGAAGAAGAGAAGAAAGAGGGAGAGGAGACGAAAAAACUGGAGAUCGAUAAGAUAGAUCUUUCGCAAGAUGAGGCGCAAGACAAGCUUGCCGACCAACUCGUGGCUGCGGAGAAGAGUCAGUGUGCAGAUGACCCAGCAGGGACGAUUGUGCAGACAGCUUUGAUCUUGUCGGAAGAUGAACAGAAGUGCAUUAACGCUCAAGUGGAGAAGUGGACAAAGCUGGUGAUUCACAUCAGCCACACCGACCGCCUUUUCUUCAAGUUCGCCAAUUUUUUUUCGAAAGGCACCCUCAAAGUUCGCCUCUACUGCAUUGCGUUCUACGAAAACGAAGAUCCAAAUUAUGUAUCUCUGCUGUCUGGACAUCGAACGAAGCUCGCGCGCCCAGAGGUUCAUCCUGCUCAUCCGAUGAGUCGCAUUCGAUGCAAGAUCAAUCAAGAGCUGGUUCUGCCUUUCGACGCCUCGUCUCGGGGAUUCUAUUUGGGCGUCGUGGCAGUGAUGGGCCAGAAAAAGAAGACGGGAGAAGGCGAGUUCCGUCGCAAACUGAUCGGCAUGACGGAGUUGAUCGACGCGCGUCGAGACAAGAUCCGACUGCGACGAACAGUCGUAUGGGCGCUGUUCGUCCCCCAGGACCUCGUCGACCAUGUACCGGCACCGCAGAUCACAGGAGAAAUCUUUUUCAGUGCUGAGGGAUUUGAGGGAGACAAAGGUCCUCCACUGCCGAAGGAAAGCGUACUGAGAGCCUCGUUCGACUUUGGCGGGGCGGAUCGGCUGCAGGCGCAGCGCCUCGCGAAGGAGAAGCAAGGCAAAGCUCCGCCGGAGAAGCCGACUGGCUUUUUCCAGCGUCUCUUUGGGGGCCGGCAGAAGGCAGAGAUUCCGCCGCUGAAGCCGGAAGACUACGCUGGGUUCCUCAAGACCUCGCUGGGGAAGAUUCCUGCCCCAGCGACCCACAAACCGAGGUUUCUGAACCUUCUCGACGAGACAACACGGCCUGACGACGCAGUUCACGGCGAGCCUGAGGUGCUGCGAAUCGUCCGAAACAGAAUGUCGAUCAUGCAGAACGUCAUCGUCACCGCCGCGGAGCCUGCGCCUGAAUCGCAAGCCAAGCGCGAAGAGGGACAGGCCUCCGCGAGCGACGGGAGCGCGCCGGAGGCCGGGGGAGAUCGCGCGAAGCCCAGCGACGGAUCCACUUCGCUCAAGAGCUCUCAAGGACGAGAACGAACUGUGCAGGCCGCCGACUCGGCUGGGGUCCCGGUUUCAGGAAGCGGCCGACUCGGAGGGAAGGCAAAAGAAGCCGUCAGCGGACGAGAGAGCGGCAGAGGAACGACGCUGGCGCCUCCGAGCAGAGCAUCCGCGAAGGCGACCAACGCAAGUACGGGAGGCAAGAAAGCCGCGGAGUCGAAAGCAGCAGGGAAGUCGAAAGCGGCAGAAGCCUCGACCCGCUCACUGCAGUCACCGCGGCCAGAGGCGAAGAGCAAGAGCGGCGCCACUGCGGAGGGGAAGACGUCGAAAGGCGGCAAACAGGGAGGCGCGCCAGCGGCAGGAAAGCAGUCGAAGAGUGCGUCGCCGACAACGAAGCAACCCAACAAAAGCGCAGCUUCGCCGAACGCGAAACUCGAUCCGAAGAGUGCAGCGGGAAGGAAGGGAGACGCCAAAGCUGCGGCACCUGCCGCGAAAGGAGACGCGAAGCAGGCGGGAUUCUCUCCGCGACCGAAGGAGAAUUCUCGAACUGCUGCGUCGGCCGAUGCGACCAAACAGAAACAGGCUUCGCCUGCGGGGAAGCAACCGGCAAAGGCGGCAAACGCGGGGAAAAUCGCCGAGACGAAAGUGACGGCGCCUCCCCCCGUGAAGAAGUCUGCGGGUGUCUCUCCGAAGGGCGCAGCGGCGAAGCCAGCGGCGCAGAAGGAUGCUGGACCUCCGAAGAAAGACUCCAAGAGCGGGACAGCCGAGAAGAAAGCAGCGCCGGCGAAGCCUGUUGAAAGCGCGCCGAAAAAGGAGGCGACGGGUAAGGCGCUCAAGAAAGCGGCGCCCUCGGGACCGCCCAAGAAGGCAUGAAAAAGGAAAGUCGAAGAUCCAGAAAAGGUUGCGAGUUUCGAGACACACAUGUCUGGCCUCGCGCGACAAGGGGUUUCGAACAUGGCGGGCAGGUAUCUCUUCUUUCAGCCUCUAGGAUCUGCGUCAGAGUGCAUGUUUUCUGGAUAAGGUGUGUGGCGAGAGUGGAGGCGAAAGCCAUAAUCGAACUUCCACUUUUCCCUGUAAAAA